CAACACCUUUGAUUGUGUCUUUUUAUUCUCAUACACAAACCAAACCCUUCAUUUCAUUUCAUAUAUAAUAUAACCUCUCUCACCUUCACUUCUUCAGACUCAUUCUCCUUUUCUUUACAGAGAGUUCAGUCAUUACUCUCAUCUCAACUAUUUCAUCUAACCAUGGAUAACAAAAAUGACAAAACUAUCCCUCUAUGUUUUUUCUUUGUCUUCCUGUUUUUCUCCGGUGUCCCCUUCGCCGGAGCACAAUCAGUCAACGGUACCACAAACAACGAUAAUAACUAUUACAACCGUGUAAGCCCCUCCAUGGCGAUAAUUAUCGUGAUUCUCAUAGCUGCUCUUUUUCUGAUGGGAUUCUUCUCAAUCUACAUCCGUCAAUGUGCUGAUUCACCUUCCAACAGCAUCCGCAACAUGGCUGGUGUCACAGGACGAUCACGACGCGCGGCGCGUGGUCUUGACGCUUCCGUGCUCGAAACGUUUCCGAUUUUCGAAUACUCGUUCGUGAAGAUUCACAAAAUCGGAAAAGGGACUCUAGAAUGUGCUGUGUGUUUGAACGAGUUUGAAGAAACUGAAACGCUGCGUUUGAUUCCGAAGUGUGAUCAUGUGUUUCAUCCUGAGUGUAUUGAUGAGUGGCUCGGUUCACAUACGACUUGCCCGGUUUGUCGAGCUAACUUGGUUCCUCAACCGGGUGAAUCGGUUCACGGAAUCCCGUUGUUUAAUACAGAACAACAAGAUAUCGAGGCUCAAAACGACGUAGUUGAAUCGGUUCAUGAACAUCAAAAUAUGGAUGGUUCUGUUAAAGAGUCAACUGAACCGGAAGUGUUGACCGUGAACGAGACGUUGAACCGGAACCGUACGAGAGGCUCCCGGUCUGGAAGGCCUCGUUGGUUUCCGCGGUCUCAUUCGACCGGUCAUUCGUUGGUUCAACCGGGUGAGAAUACUGAGCGGUUUACUUUAAGGCUGCCUUUGGAAAUGAGGAAACAGAUAUUACAGAACCCGGAAUUGCAUCGGGCUAGAAGCUUGGUAGUGUUGCCGAGAGAAACUAGUUCACGGAGGGGAUAUCGAACCGGUGGUGGGGAGGGGAGUAGUAGAGGGAAGUCUGUAAGGUGGUUGGACCGGGGUUUUAAAUCGGACCGGUGGGUUUUUACUAUGGCGCCUCCUUUUCUUGUGAGAGCGUCGUCGAUUAGGUCACCGAGGGUGGCUAAUAGCGCUGGGGAAGGUACUUCUGCUUCAGCAGCUACGACGGCGGCGGCUGUUGACUCGCCGCGCCCUCCGGUUUGACUGUCUGCUUCUAGUUGAACUCCCCUCUUGCUUACGAUUUCAUUGUAUUUAUUUAAAUUUUUUUUAUAUCUUGAAUUAGUUUUUGUCUUAGUGUAAAAUUUGUAAAAUGUGUAUAACGCAGCACAUUAUUUUCUUAAGAUAAAUAUAGUCAUGAUAUACUGACAAUUUCAUGAUCAUUAUUAUUUAAGUUCAUACUAGUAUUUUAGAUAUGGCAUACUCUACUCUUUUGUACCUAUUAUGGGUGAGGGAGUAUCAAUGGGUAAGGUAUAAAAAGAAGAGGCUUGCUAUUUGUCCACCAAAAAACAUACACCAUUCACUUACAUCUUAUCAAAUAUAGCAUAGUGUUUAGGGAUUAGAAUUUUUAUAAAGGGCACGACCUGCCAGUGAAGCUCUUAGAAGGUAUCCCAUUGACGUAUCCGGCAGAAGCCUUCAAGUCUGGUCGAGUUUACAAGCUGGAACGAGCACUCACAAGAGUCUAUCUAGGUAGACAUGGCCGGAUGCUCAGAAGCCACGAGUAGGAAUCAGCCGGGUACUCAAACAAGUCGCGUACCAGAAGAAUACAUAGAGACAUAGGCCAAUUCGAAUGUAACGCCUAACGGUUACACACAAGCAGGUCGUAACUGAUGAGUAAAUAUGUCAUCCACGGACCUUGUAUUCAAUGAUUGAGCAAUGUUUGUAACGUUGGAAGGCCAAAGGUUGCUUCUUAAAUGAGGCAUUGAAGGCCAAAGGUUGCUUCUUAAAUGAGGCAUUGAAGGCCAAAGCAGCUAUAAAAGGGGCUCCCGCUAGAGGGAUAAGCAAGACACUCCUCUUGUAAUUCAGUGAUCAGCUCACUAUUUCCAAAUCCCCCAGAAUACGUAUAAAUAUCAUCCCGUCAAAGCUUCCCUCACCUCUGGAGGCAAGCUCCAUCAUAUUCAGUUUUUUUACACAAGAACACAUAGGUAUAUGUAUUGUUGUGUCAAAGUAUAGGAAAAAUUAAUAA